UUACAGAAUCGAUGUUGAAAGUUGCACUUGGCAGAACAUAUGUCCGCAGGAAAAAAGGAGUAAUUUUUGACGUUGAACGGAUUAUUAUCCAUGGGUCCUAUAAAAAAACCAAUAAUGUAUUAUACAAUGAUAUUGGGAAGUUUCUAAAUCAAUUGUUGAAAGCCACGGUGAAACUGCUGGACAGAAAUCUCUGUAAGAAACCAGAAAUUUAUGGAAAUUUGUUGGGUGAGAACAUGAUUUGUGCCGGAUAUUUGAAAGGAGGUUCGGCAGACGCCUGCAAGGGUGAUUCCGGAGGACCACUUUCUUGUGUGAGAAAUGGAAAGCGCUAUCUCUAUGGAAUCAUCAGCUGGGGAAUUAGCUGUGGGAUGAAAAAUAAACCCGGUGUUUAUCUCAAUGUUACCAAAUUCCUUGACUGGAUAAAAAGAUAUAUUCAAUAGAUUCAAUGGUGUGAACUUAAAUCUUAAUUAAGAACCUUUGUUUAAAGUUUAACCUUUACUAUGUUGAUUCUCCUUUGAUUUCCUCAUUUUCCAUUUUCCUCCUUGGAUAGAUGCAGUUAUUUAGAAUUUACAUAAAAACAAUAUUAUGCACCUCUGAAGGUCUACAAUAUAUUUGCAUAGGCAUUUGGUAUUGGUCUGCCACUUGCUUUAAAGUAGCUCUUCUCACAUGUGAGCGAUCAUGUUGUAGAAACUCAACUUACCUACAUAAGAAGACUUGUACAUAUGUGCUUGAAGCUCUUGUGACUAUUUGUAAAAAUCUUGACCCCAAAGUUCUUGGACUCUGGAAGAGCAGAAAACAUCAGGAACAUUAGGACUAUUGAUUAUAAACUGUGAAUUGCCAUUCUUAGGAUAUCAGUAGGAAUUGGUAAUGAAUAAUCAUUCCUUCUAUGUAUAAAAGUUUAGAUUCUCUUUGGGUAAGAUUUUAGCUCCUAUUACAACUCUUAAAUACUUAUCAGUGACUCCAAUGAAACAUUGACUUUUAACAACAUUCCUAUCCCAAAUAAACAUAAAAGCAAUACUUUUAUUGUUAGGGAUUGAAGUACAUUGAGUAGUUAUUUGCAAAUAAUUACUCAGUUAUGAAUUUUACAUAACACAAUGGAAAAGUAAUCAAGGUCACUUAUAUAUUGUUUUCAAUCAAAAACGAGUCUUAAGACCCAAAAUCGUCCAACUGGGCAGAACACAGCUCAGGUGGAUUUGUCAUGGUGAACUGGGGAAUUUGGAAAGGAACACAGAUCUCCCAGAU